UGUCUCUUUCAGGCCGGAGGUCUUUGACAGUGAGCAUGACUGGGAUCAUGGCAAACGGCUGUAUGUCCAUUCGGUCACCAGACACAUGAAAGAGCAUCAAGGAGAAAAUCGAGGUGUCAUGACUGAGCUGCUGACCCUGAUGAACCAGGUGGCUGACCAGAGGCAAGGCACUGAUGGAAAACAGUGGCAGCAUCCCUCGGAUCUCACACGCAGGAACUACCAAAAACGGUUCGGAAACGGGCUUCCAAAAAUGACCCUCUGUGAAUGGCAGUCCCAGAACCGUCCAUCAUACAAGCGCUUUGCUGAGGUGCCGACAUCUUUUCAAAGGAGUCACUGUCCCUAAAUUGGGAGCAGAUAGUCCUAUAAACCAAUUGCAGUC